AUGAGCGAGAUUCGGCGAAAGCUGGUUAUCGUCGGUGACGGAUGCGCUGGCAAGGUGAUCCUCUGGAUCCUCUGGACCACGUCCAGUGAUCGAUUUGAAUUUUAUUCCGCAUAUGUUGGGACUGUGUUUGAGAAUUAUGUCGCUGAUGUCGAGGUGGAUGGAAAGCAUGUCGAGUUAGCCAUGUGGGACACAGCCGGGCCUGAGGAUUACGAUAGGCUCCGUCCUCUGAGCUACCCCGACUCACAUGUCAUUGUUAUAUGUUUCGACAUUGGCUAUCCUGAUUCACUUGAGAACAUCAAAGAGAAGUGGAUUGCGGAAGUGAAUCACUUCUGUCCAGGAAUUCCUAUCAUACUAGUAGGCUGUAAAAUCGAGCUUAGACGCGAUCCGCAAACCAUCGAAGAGCUUCGGAAGCAGCACCAGCGCCCGGUCACUUAUGAAGAGGGGUUAGAAGUUUCGAAGAGGAUACAAGCAAAGCAUUACGUCGAAUGCUCUGGAAGAACUGGAGAGGGUGUACGUGAUGUGUUUCAACUCGCAACACAGAGGCUCUCACAAUAUCGAAAAAGAAAUUGA